AUGUUGCGUACGACGAUCAAGCAAAGUGUUCGACAAUUCAAUGCUAAUGCAUCAUCCUCGAUAAAAUGUCAUCGACUGGAAGGAAAAAUCGCGAUCGUAACAGCAUCCACAGACGGAAUAGGUCUUUCCAUAGCAAGACGUUUAGCACAGGAAGGCGCCAAGGUAAUGCUCAGUAGCCGUAAGGAAGCAAACGUGAAGAAGGCUGUAGAGGAACUCAAGUCUGAGGGUUUGCAAGUCGCUGGUACAGUCUGCCAUGUAGGAAAGGCAGAACAAAGGAAAAAUCUGUUUGAAAAAACCAAAACUAACUUUGGAGGCUUGGAUAUUUUGGUAUCUAACGCAGGUAUUAAUCCAGCAGUCGGUCCAGCAUUGGACAGUGAUGAAGAAGUAUGGGAUAAGAUUUUUGACAUCAAUGUCAAGUGUACGUACCUACUAAUGAAGGAAUCUUUGCCGCUUCUCAAAUGCAGCAAAUCACCUUCUAUUAUCAUUAUGUCUUCAAUUGCUGGAUAUCAGCCUUAUAAUUUACUGAGCAUAUAUUCAAUUAGCAAAACUGCUUUAUUAGGUCUGAUUAAAGCUACUACAAGUGAACUUGCGGAUAAGGGAAUCCGUAUAAACGGCAUCGCACCAGGAAUGAUAAGAACUAAAAUGUCACAAUUGCUUUACGAAUCAGAAGAAAAUCACGAAUUGGUCAAAAUGAAUAUUAGCAUGAGAAGACUCGGAAUGCCUGAUGAGAUUGCAGGCUUAGCUGCAUUUCUAGCAAGUGAUGAUGCUUCUUAUAUCACUGGCGAAACUAUAAUAGUGUCUGGUGGAACAAACUCAAGACUCUAAAUCAUUUUGUAAUAACAUAUGUGUUUUAUAUUAUUCUUCAAUUUAUUUUUGUGCAAUAACACUGGGAAAUUCUUUUUUAUUAAGGAAUUAUUUUUUUCAGAUUGUGUAUACAUUGGAUUGUCCGAAAAUUUCGUGCCGAUGUUGAAGGAAAAUUGAAAU